AUGGCACUCAUGACCACCUUCCAUGGGGUUUGCUGCCUGACGGCCGUUUCGGGCCGUUUCGCAACCCAUGCGGAAGUGGCUUAUCCCCCCAUGCUCUGUCGUGCCAUGGCCUGUGCCAUCCGUGAGCAACUCAUCCUUCUCGGUGCCAGUGGUCCUGCGCAGUCAUUGCUCUUGUCAGACCUUCCUGUUCACAAAACUGCCCAGCUUUCUUUGUCCAAACAAGUUGGCAACCGGCCGACGUUGCUGUCUCCGGAGGCUCUCGCCUUCUCCCUGCCGGCUCUAAGUUCCCGAAUGCCCAUUGUGAAGGCUCACGACCUCGGUGUGCAUGAUCGGGAUGGUUUCAACUGCAGCCCACCCCUGGACUCCGGAUCAAUUCGUUGGAGAGUUGAUCAGGGUCCCGUGACGACGGCUCGCCACCGCACAGAGGUCCUGAGGAAGUGGUUCCUGCGUGCCAAGGAGUUGAGGGAUCUAGGACCAGAUCCUUGCGUUUGUGACACUGCUGCCCCCCUUUUACAAGGUAAGUGCAUGCGCCUCCUCAGAGAGCUGAUUACGGCCAGUGAAUACGGAGAUAAUGCCCUCCCAGAGGACAUUGGCAAGGGCUUCGACCUCCUGGGGCAAAUCCCGGCUUCUAAUGUGCUUCCGAAGAAAACCUCCUUCGCGUCUCCCGAGGAUGAGCAAAUAGCACAAGAGGUCUACAAUCUUACCAUUCAGGAAGUCGAACAAGGGCCCAUAGAUGACUUUACAGCAUCUCUUGCCAACCUUACCUCUUUCAGCGAAGAGACGAUCGCGCCUCACGGUGUUGACGUUAUCCUUGCAGGACUUGUCUUCCGUGCCAGGAAGACCAAACUUGCGGGCUUGUCGGAAAGCCUAGUAGCCAAAACGGUCGAUCUUCGUAAAGCUUAUAAGCAGCUUCCCCUUUCUGAGUCUGCCCGUGACGACGCCUUCCUUAGCGUUUGGUGCCCCAGUGAAAAAACGGUCCAUAUUUUCCAGAGCCUAGUGCUACCGUUCGGUUCACGACCAUCGGUGCAGGGAUUCUAUAGAUCCUCCCACUGUCUUUGGCACAUAGGGGCGAAAUUGCUGGAUCUUCACUGGUCCCUUUUUUACGACGACUACGUGGUCGUGAGUUGCGCUACCGAAGCUCCACACCUCACCAUGGUUCUUGAUUCAUUCUUCGAUCUCACGCAGUGGCACACUUCGAAAGAUAAGGAGACCCCAUUUAAUGCAGUUGCCAGAGCGCUGGGAGUAGAGAUCUCCUUGGCCGAUUCCCGUGCAGGCCUUUUCCGUGUUUGCAACACCCAAUCACGCAAAGCUGAGCUUGCAGCCAACAUUGCUUCCAUGAUUUCCGAUGGUGGGGCAUCUGCGAAGGCUUUCGAGUCCCUCAGAGGUCGUUUGUUGUUCGCAGAGAAUCAGAUCUUCGGUGGUUCACUUCCGGAUCAGGAAGUAAUCUCUUCCCUCAAUGUGGAAGGCAAGGACGGGUUCAUCUAUGAACUCGAAGCUCUUGCUGCUGUGCGAGGAGUACUCGACUUGUGCACUCAGGUGGUGCACACAGAUUUGGUGCUUUUCCUGGACAAUGAUGCUGCCUUGAGGGCUCUGAUAAAGAGCAGCUCCAGUUCGCCGGUCCUGCAGGAGCUGCUGAGAGCACUCAAUGAGUUUGAAGUUGAACAUUUGGUUCGAGCGAAUUGCUAG